AUGCCUCUUGACCGUACUCCUCCUGCUUCGCCGGCACUUUGUGACGUGGUUUCCGAGACUGAAAAUAUAACUGAAAAUGUGUCUCCGCUGCGACAGCACUCAUCGGAACCUGACAUGUCGUCUCUCGUGAACCUUGUAAGUGUCACGGAACGAAAAAAAAGGAAAAGAGAUGGAGAUCACAAUUUGUCUCUUGUUAUUCAGGAUAUGUUUGCAGCGUUUUCUAAAAAUCAGGAAGGAAACUUUGCGCAACUUAGGGCUGUUAUUGAGGGACUGAACGAGCAGAAUGCGGAAUUGAAGAAAAGUAUAGAACGAAUGUCUGGUAAAUAUGAUGAAUUUUUGAUACAAAUUAAAAAUCUUGAACAGCAAAAAAAUGAGGAUAAAAAAACUAUAACGCACCUUGAGGACAGAAUAGAUUAUUUGGAGCGUAAAUCUAGAUCAACUGGUCUUGAAAUUAAAAAUGUCCCUAAAUUGGAGAACGAAACAAAAGAAAGACUCUGUAAUGUGGUAAAAAAUCUCGGUAAAGUAUUAAAUUUGGAUGUUAAUUCUAACAGUAUUAAGGAUAUAUACAGAACUAAUCCUAAAAAAGAUAAAUUGCACAAACCAAUUAUUGUGGAGUUUAAUACAGUUUUACUGAAGGAUAAAAUAUUGCAAAACAUCAAGACCUUUAAUAAGUCUAAGAAAAAAGAAGAAAAAUUAAACACAUCACACUUACAAUUUAAUCAACCUGUAAAUCCUAUUUUCGUGACGGAGACACUAACGACUAGGACUCAAAAACUAUUUUACCUGGCAAGGACGUUCCAAAAAAGUCACGGUUUCACUUACUGCUGGACUUCACAUGGCGUUAUUUACCUCCGUAAGGAUGAAAAUUCACCACAAAUUCGUAUAAAUACGGAAGCAGAUAUUAAUAGAUUAAAAAGUUCAAUAUGA